AUGAGCCUCGAUAGCUUUCAAUCAAAAUAUACGAGUGAGGAUAAUGAAAGUUUUUAUAAGCUAUUAGACAACCAAAAUCGAAAACGGGCACAGAAAUACGCCUGGAUGUGGUCUGCAGGAAAUAAACUUCCUUCAAAAAUGAUGUUAAAACAAAAAGAGAUAGAGCUGAAGUUAAUUCAGUCUCGAAGCUCUACAGGCAUUGAUGAACGUGAGGUUUCCAAAUAUAUAUCAGAGGAUAGCCGUCAAAGUUCUGUUCAAGGAUGGAAAUCGAAACCUAAUAAUGGAUUAAUGUUUAUACCAGAUGGCGUGGAGGACGCUGUGCAGACGAUCGCUCGUAAGGCUCAAAAUGAGUCCAGAGCAGCCCCAAAAGGUAUAUCUUACGCUAGUACUAGGAUGUUUGAAACCUUUGAUGAACCUAGAAGCAGAGACUCAAGAACUCUGACGCCGCAAUUAAAACCAGACAUAGGAAACCCUUGCUCAACAAAUAGAACCGGGCUCGAUCAAGCGUCCCAAUGCAAAGAUAGUGAAAUGCCUCAUGUUAAUGGAUAUACCUUUGUUGAUGAUGAAGACGAAGAAGAAUCUGAGAUACCGCAAGAAACAAAAGUUCUAAACUUCGCAAAAGAUGAUUUGUCUAGAAAUCCCUUCACAAUAAAAGCGCAGAGCCAUAGAGAAGACUUACUUCGUCGUAUUGUUGAUAAGACUGCAAAAAGUAAGCGGCAAUCCACAAUAGAUGGGUUUACAGGAAGAGUUGAGCAGACUCCUGUUCCAAAAUUUCCGAGCAGUCCUAAAGUUGGAGCAAGUCAACUCACUCCGGCAGCAAAACGUCUUUGGGGCCAAGUUGGAACUAGAACCACCGGUAUUACUCAUGCUUUUGAACCCACUCGACACAAGUCUGGAUUACGGAACCGUUGGACACCGAGCUAA